CAUUGUAACAAAAGUGCUGCAGCCGCUGCUCCGGCCAGCACCCUAGGCCCGCCCGCAGCCAGCUGUCGCCGACAUGGAACCCGUGGCCAGCAACAUCCAGGUCUUGCUGCAGGCGGCGGAGUUCCUGGAUCGCCGCGAGAGAGAGGCAGAGCAUGGCUAUGCGUCCCUGUGCCCACACCGAGGUCCGGGCCCAGUCCACAGGAGGAGGAAGCGGUCUCCCCAGGCUCCUGGCGCGCUGGACAGUGGGCGGUCUGUGCACAACGAGCUGGAGAAGCGCAGGAGGGCCCAGCUGAAGCGGUGCCUGGAGCAGCUGAAGCAGCAGAUGCCCCUGGGGGCUGACUGUGCCCGAUACACCACACUGAGCCUUCUGCGCAGGGCCAGGAUGCACAUCCAGAAGCUGGAGGAGCAGGAGCAGCGGGCCCGGCGGCUCAAGGAGAAGCUGCGCAGCAAGCAGCAGAGCCUGCGGCAGCAGCUGGAGCAGCUCCGGGGGCUGGCCGGGGCUGGCGAGCGCGAGCGGCUGCGAGCAGACAGCCUGGACUCCUCAGGCCUCUCCUCUGAGCGCUCCGACUCAGACCAAGAGGAGCUGGAGGUGGACGUGGAGAGCCUGGUGUUCGGGGGCGAGGCUGAGCUGCUGCGGGGCUUCAGCGCGGGCCAGGAGCACAGCUACUCACACAGCGGCAGCACCUGGCUAUGACCCUCGCCUCCUGGAGCAACUCUACCCUCAGCCCACCCUCUGCUCUGCCAGGCUGGAGCCCUAAGCCUCCAGGGCUGCUCAGAGUACUGUUGGAAUGGACUAAAAGGACCGUGUGGGAACAGGAGCUCCCCGUACCUUGCUGCUGGCUGCUGGCAGUCCCACCUAGGACGGGGUGCUGAGCCCCCCUGAGCCCUGCAGGGCAGGCACCUUGGGCCCAGGCCACCCUUCCAGGCGUUUUUUGUAGCACUUGGCUCUGCUGUCCACAGGGGCAGGAAGCCUCUUGGGUCCUCAUGUUCCUUCCUAAACAAGGGCCCCUGGCCUUUGCCCUCCACAUACUAUAUUUUCAUUAAAAGCCUCUUUCUUAACUUCC